CGCUUUGCCGGGAGGGCGUGGGAGGACUUGGAAUGCUGCAUUCUUUCCCCGCCUUGUCUGUAGGCCGGCUCGCGGGGCUCGCGAGGCGGUGCGCGAGAGGACGGGGCGUCGCGUGCCGGGAAGGAGCCCAUGAGGAGAAGGCGAGGGCGCGCGGCCUCUGGGCGGGGUCACGUUGGUGAGAGAACAGAUGGAACAAAAGUGUUCGUACUGUAAGACGGAGCCAAGUCUUGUAAAGGUUUAGAAAUGCUGGACUUGACCAUGGCAAACAAGCUUCAUAUAAUUUUUCUUCUCUUGCUUCGUGGAGCUGGCAGCCAUGGCUUGGAGCCAGCCACUAUUUCACAAACAGCAGAGAAAUUCAUUCCCGAGAUGGCAGCUGGGAUCAAUGUUGAUUUGGCCAAGUACAUGCAGAGAUGUCACCUUCUGGAACUCUUCUCUCGUUACGGGGAGAACAAUACAUUAACUAUUGAUGGGUUUAGAAAACUGUUACGAAAUAUGGGCAUUGAGAAGAUGAAAAGAAUCUCCCUAGAUCAUGAACACCAUCACCACCGUCAUAAUCAUGUUGCUCCCACGACAAACUCUGAGAAAGCCAUUUGCCCUAGUGAUGAAUCUGGCAAUGGAAACAAAGAGGUCCAUAAUAAUCAUGCAAGAGAGCAUACAGAGCAUACGGAGCAUCAGCCAGGUCCUGUGCACACGAAGAGCACCACGGUUGCUAUGACUGCAUCCACCUACACCUUGGGCACAGAGGGCGGCCCUCUGGUAGAGCAUUCGGAGGCUGCAGAAUUGAAAUCUACACAUACAAGCUUUGCCAGCCCCAACCCCAGUGUAGAAAGCAACAACAUGAGUGUACUGUUACAUGGAAAAACAAAUGAAUCGCUCACUGUUGUGAAGGAAUCGGAAAGAGGAAGUUAUAUGUAUUCCAAAAUAAGAAAACCAGUUACACAAGAGUGCUUCAAUGCAUCUAAGCUCAUGCUUUCUCAUGGAAUAAAUACACAAGUUUUGUUGACAACCACAGACUUCAGUUACCUUUGUCCAGCUAUUGUUAAUCAGAUUGAUGGCAGAUAUUGUUUAAUUCAUGCAACAAGUGAAAAGGCAGAAAAUCCUCCAAAAACAUUCUCAUUGCAAGUAGCUUGGAUUGGAGGAUUUAUAGCCAUUUCCAUCAUCAGUGUUCUUUCAUUACUGGGUGUAAUAUUGGUGCCUCUUAUGAAUCGUGUCUUUUUCAAGUUCCUUUUAAGUUUUCUUGUGGCAUUAGCCGUUGGUACUUUAAGUGGAGAUGCUCUGUUACACCUCCUUCCACAUUCUCAUGGAAACCAUCACCACCAUCAUGAGAAGCCAGUAGCAGAACAUAGUAAAGAUUCCUCUUUUAAGCAUCUUGUAUUUCAAAGUUCAGAAGAAAAUGCGUAUUUGGAUUCUACCUGGAAAGGCCUCACUGCACUUGGUGGACUAUAUUUUAUGUUUCUUGUUGAGCACUUAAUCACUUUAAUUAAGCAGUUUAAAGACAAGAAAAAAAAGAAAAAAAAUGAAGAUGAUGAAGCAGAGAUCAAGAAGCAGUUGUCUAAAUAUGACUCUCAGCUUUCAAAUAAUGAAGAAAAAAUGGAUAUAGAUGACAGACCUGAAGUUUAUUUGGAGACACACUCACAAGAGCAAUCAAAUUUCAUCUCUCAGAAGCCAGUGGUGCAAGAAGAAGAAGAAGUGAUGAUCGCUCACUCUCAUCAGGAGACUGCUGACAACGAAUAUGCAUCCAGAGGGUGCAGAAACAAAUGCCACUCACAUUUGCAUGACACUCUGGGACAGUCGGACCAUCUGAGUCAUCAUCACCAUGACUACCAUCAUAUCUUGCAUCACCAUCACCAUCAGAACCAUCAUCCCCACAGCCAUAGUCAGCGCUAUUCACGAGAAGAACUGAAGGAUGCUGGUAUAGCAACCCUAGCCUGGAUGGUCAUUAUGGGAGACGGACUACACAAUUUCAGUGAUGGUCUUGCAAUUGGUGCUGCAUUUACUGAAGGCUUGUCCAGUGGCUUAAGUACUUCUGUUGCAGUCUUUUGCCAUGAGCUGCCACAUGAAUUAGGAGACUUCGCUGUGCUUCUGAAAGCUGGCAUGACUGUCAAGCAAGCUGUUCUUUAUAAUGCCCUCUCAGCUAUGCUGGCAUACCUUGGAAUGGCUACUGGGAUACUCAUUGGCCACUAUGCUGACAAUGUUUCUAUGUGGAUCUUUGCAUUGACUGCUGGGCUGUUCAUGUAUGUUGCUCUCGUUGAUAUGGUGCCUGAAAUGCUCCAUAAUGAUGCUAGUGAUCAUGGAUGUAGUCGGUGGGGAUACUUUCUAUUACAGAAUGCUGGAAUUUUGUUAGGUUUUGGUAUUAUGCUUCUUAUUUCUGUAUUUGAACAUAAAAUUGUGUUCAGCAUAAACAUCUAGAUUUGGAUCUGGACUGACUCUUGGUGCAGUUUUGCUUGCACUGGAGGAAAUAUUAGAAAAUUCUGGCCAGUUCUUCCUUCUGUGCCCUUUGAAAAUCAGCUUGAAACAUGAAUGGCCCUCUAGAUAAAUGUAAGAUGUGGAGUGCUCCUGGGAAGGAGGAAAACAACAUUUUGCUACCCUUUUUUUUAUCCAGUAAAGAGCCGCUACUACAUCUCAGCCACUUCCAUGUAUAGAAGAUUCAUGGAGAUGAUAUUAUAAAGUAAACCCUGCUUUGUUUACUUUCUGUUUCUGAUGUUGAAAAUGUUACUGUUAGGCACUCCCCCCCCCCCUUUGCUACCCCAAUUAACUGCCUACAGACAAGGCACAUAGACUGGACUUUUCUUUGGGUAGUGAACUCAUUGCACUCAUUGCACACAUGGUGCGGUACUGGCAUUUUACCAUUUUACCAAAAAUAAUGGAUACUAAAACUAUAAGGGAUGAAUUGUAAACUGUUUUGCCAUUAUUUAAUAUUGCAAUUGUAUCUACAGCAUGCAGUGUCGAUUUUUUGUCUUGUAUAUGGUACAAACAUGUGAAGUGGUACUACUUUUAAUGUCCCUAAUAUGGAAUAAGCAACCUAAAGUUAUCAUUUCCAUUGCUGCGGUCAAUAGAAAAAAAUAGUACUCAGAGUACGUCAGUUCUUAGGCUAUAAACAAGUUUCUCAAUGAAGAUAUUUAAUAUUGCAUUGCCAUUAAAAUUACAUGAUCUUUGAUCUAUCUGCAUUAAAGGUUUACAAAAACGUUCAGUUGACCUAAACAUAUAAAGCCAAACAUCUGCAGUGAACAAAUCUGUGCAGUUCCCUGUGGGAAUUUGGCAUAUUUUUCACAAACCAUGCAGUAGAUGGAAGUGUUUGGCAGGAACAUAAAGGUGGUGAACAAGGCAGGCUGCCAAAGAUGGUGCUGCAUUAAUGGAAUAGCUGAAGGAAAGAACUUUUCAGAUAAAAGUAAGAAGAUGAUUGUAGGUAAUCUUGCUGUAUGCUUUGUGUUGUAGUUCUUUCUAAAUUUAGCUGGGUAUGUGCGCCUUCAGAAGCCAAUGAGUAGAGAGAGUGAAUUGUUGAUUCGGAACAAGUUUUUCACACCAUGCAUAUGCUAAAGAUAGAAACAGUGAUGGAAAGAAUAUACUUCACUUCCGAAGUAACUGGAUUCUUGCGUACUUGGUGCUAUAAGAUUUCAUUAUGAGUGUAACAUAGAAUUGCUGAAGUCCGAAAACAUGUGAUACGAGACAUUUCAUACUUUGACUUCAUACAGUAACAGAUUUGUUCAUCAAUAUAGUAUCUUAAAGUGUCACCAUCCACUAUAAUCCCAAUCUGGGUAGAAAGAUGAGAUACACAUUAAAUAAUGUUUUUAAAUGUGCUUCAAAUGUCUUAUGAGGUUUUUAAGCACUUCAAAUGUAAAAAGUGUUUUAUAUUCUUUAUUCAUCUCCCAAAAACAUACCCAAUCUCUAUAUAGUCACCUCUUUGUAUUUGCAGGUACAACCAUCCAGUUUCAAAACAUAUUUUGAAUAAUUAGGCCUUGAUUUUACCAUUUUAUAUAAGGGACACCAUUCUACUAGACCAUUUGAUUUUGGUAUUCACAGGUGUGUGUGUAAGCUACCAACUCCAAAGUAUACCAAGGGCCAUUGCACAUAAAUGAAGCUAAAUAUUAAGAGUUGAGUUACUCAAAUUUUGUACUUCAAAUCUAUAUAUUUACCUUUAUUUAUGUACAUACAUUUUAUUUACUCCAGGUUGAAGUUCAAUCCAAUGCAUUCUACAAAACUGGACAUGCAUGUAUAUAUUAGUGGGUCAAAUCCAUGGAUCAGAAGCAUUUGGGAUAAAAUGUAGCUUUUACAUAUGUAAGGUGGAUGUUGCUAACAUCUAGAAAAAGGUAGAUUCUGCUACAAGUCAAAAAGAUUUGUAGCAGAAGUCUUAUAUCUACAUUUUGAGCAAAAAAUGCUCUUGACUCCUGAAAUUUGGAAUUCAUUCCUCUAUUUGACACAGCACUUAAUUAUCUAAAAGUCUUGAAAGAAUAGAGGACUGGAAUAUACCUCUAAACUUUAAGUUGGAUAUGUAUUGUUAACUGGCUUACCAUGGACAUUUUUUUGAUAAUAAAACAUUUCAAUUCA